GACUCAACAAAUUGAGGAAGGGGAAUGGAGACGACAGUGGAUAUUGUUAUAGUGGGCGGUGGAAUUGCUGGUCUGGCUACUUCUUUGGGACUUCACAGGUUGGGACUGCAGAGCUUAGUUUUGGAAUCAUCCGAGUCUUUAAGGAUCACAGGGUUUGCACUUACGUUGUGGACUAAUGCCUGGAGGGCACUCGACGCUCUGGGCGUUGCAGAUUCACUCAGACAGCAUUCUCUUCCCAUUACUGAGUUUCAAGUUAUCUCUGCAGAUUCGGGACUUGAGAAAUCAUCUGUGCCAUUGGAUGUGUACAGGAAUAGAAACGUUGAAUGCCGGUGCUUGAGAAGGAAGCUGUUACUGGAGACAUUAGAGAAAGAACUUCCCCAAGGAACCGUCAGAUGGAUCCCUUGUGAGAACCAGGGUCUUGAUUGGGUGUGAUGGAGUCAAUUCUGUGGUGGCCAAGUGGCUGGGACUC